AUGGAAACUGAGGGUGCAUCGUUGGCAGAGCAGCUUUUAGAUGCUUCAAGAAGAAACAAUGAUGACUUACUAAAGACAAUUUUAGAGAAUGCUGGCGAGGACUCCCAGAAAGUUGCUGAUUUGAUCAACUCAGCAAGGGAUCCAUUUGGUAAUACAGCGCUCCACUUAUGUUGCAAAUACGGAUCGUGGGAAGUACUGGAUGAUCUCUUAGAUCAGGAGGGAAUAGAGGUUGAUCCAAAAAAUAACAUUGAUUGCGAUACUCCCCUUCAUGUUACUGUAAGAUACGCACAAGAAGAACCUGAACACGGAACUUUCAUCGCAAAAAAUCUCAUUGAGGUUGGUGCAGAUCCAAGAGUAAAAAAUAAGAAAAAUCAAAAGCCGAUUGAUCUAAUUCAUGGUAAUGAGCUCGAUGAAUUGAUUGAUCUAUUGCAAGGCGCAGAACUUGCAGCGGAUAUGGGUGGACAGCAGGCUGACGACAACGAGCCCGAAAUAAUAUCUGAUGAGUCUGAUGAUGAAGACGUAGACAUCAAGACAACGGCUUAA